CAAAGCAAAGAACCGGCCUUUCCCAUGCACCUAACGUAGUUAACCAAAACGCUCAUACCUCUUAAUUUCCACCUCUUUUCUUCUUUUACUUCUUCUUCUUCUUCUUCUUCUUCUUCUUCACUUCUUUCUCUAUCAAGAAGCCAUCAGAUCACAUCAGAGAAGAGAACCACCAGAUAGAAUAACCCACAAUCUAAAGAUGUUGCCAUCGACAAGUCUAGUAGCAGUGGUGAUUCUUAUGAUGGUUGCUGUCUGGACUACUCCAAUCUAUGGCUCCACAUCGAGGAAGCUUGACGAUAGCACCGUGUCUGGGACGCCAGACACUGGAAUUAAGUGCACACCAUGUGAGCAGCACUCUCCGCCUUUGCCGCCGCCGCCGCCACCUCCUCCGGCAAGCUCUAACACUCAGAAUUGCCCUCCACCACCAUCAGUUAAAAGCCCGCCAGCGCCUUUAUAUUAUAUAACUGGUCCACCGGGGAAUCUGUAUCCAUUUGACCCAUAUUACUCAAGUUCUAGCCGGAAUUCAGUCGCAGGGUUGCCGGUUGUUCUUGUUGGAUUCGGGUUGGUGUUGGGGUUGUUGGCACUUUGAAGAUUUUAAUGAGGAUUAUCUAAAAGAUAAUCCCUAGGUUAGUUUGGCCCUUCUCAAUUGUUCAAAGCAGUUAAAUCUUUCUUCUAAUUUUUUUGAUUAUGCCUUAUGUAACUUUUUUAUCUCUCUCUCUCUCUCUCUCUCUCUCUCUCUCUCUCUCUCUCUCUCUCUCUCUCUCUCUCUCUCUCUCUCUGAUUUGUUGUUGUAUGGGAGAGACUAAUCCUAUAGGGUUCUUUCUCAAUUGUAUGAAUUGAAUAACAAGUGAGUCAGUUUCCAA